AUGAAGUUCCCGGCUAUGCUCAUUGUUGCCUUUGCCAUUGGGGCUCAGUGCACUUCGUCGACCACAGGUACCUCCACUGUGACAAAAACGUCAGCAGCGACGGGAAAAGCCACAACUGGCACGACAACUGGCACCAGUGCUUCCAAGACGUCGGCCAUCGCUACGACUACUACCUCCCAGGCUGGAGCUGGAACCAACGCUGCCCUUCCGAUAAUGGUUUUUGUGGUCGCUCUUGGUGCCUACAUGGCGUAG